CCUGCUCCAUCCCGCGCCGUUCUUGGUGCCUCUCCCGGUGAACCGGAUGCGCUGCCAGUCUCCCACUCCGCAUCCUUAGCCUCCUCCCGGCUGCCCGGAGAAGCCGCUGCCACCCCGAGGCCUUCGGCCAAGAGGUUGCUGGCGACUGGCCCGGCGGGGCGCGGCCACGGGAGGAGCUGGGCGCGCACGGCUACCGCGCGUGGAGGAGACACAGCCCUGCGGCCAUGGGUGCCAGGGCCGCUCCUUCACGCCGGAGACAGACGGGCCGCCGCCUGCGCUACCUGCCCACCGGCAGCUUCCCCUUCCUCCUCUUGCUGCUGCUGCUCUGCAUCCAGCUCGGGGGCGGACAGAAGAAAAAGGAGAACCUGUUGGCUGAAAAAGUGGAACAGCUGAUGGAAUGGAGUUCCAGGCGCUCGAUCUUCCGAAUGAAUGGUGACAAGUUCCGAAAGUUUGUAAAGGCCCCGCCUCGGAACUACUCUAUGAUUGUUAUGUUCACUGCUCUCCAGCCUCAGCGGCAGUGCUCUGUUUGCAGGCAGGCUAAUGAAGAAUAUCAAAUCCUGGCUAAUUCCUGGCGUUAUUCAUCUGCAUUUUGCAACAAGCUGUUUUUUGGAAUGGUGGACUAUGAUGAAGGGACAGAUGUUUUUCAACAGCUCAACAUGAACUCCGCUCCCACAUUCAUGCAUUUUCCUUCAAAAGGCAGACCCAAGAGAGCUGAUACUUUUGACCUCCAACGAAUUGGAUUUGCAGCUGAACAGCUAGCAAAAUGGAUUGCAGACAGAACAGAUGUCCAUAUUCGAGUCUUCAGGCCACCUAACUACUCCGGCACCAUUGCUUUGGCUCUGUUAGUGUCACUUGUUGGUGGCUUGCUUUAUCUAAGGAGGAACAACUUGGAGUUUAUUUAUAACAAGACUGGUUGGGCCAUGGUAUCUCUGUGUAUAGUCUUUGCUAUGACGUCUGGCCAGAUGUGGAAUCAUAUCCGUGGACCUCCAUAUGCUCAUAAGAACCCACACAAUGGACAAGUGAGCUACAUUCAUGGAAGCAGCCAGGCUCAGUUUGUGGCAGAGUCACACAUCAUUCUGGUACUGAAUGCUGCUAUCACCAUGGGGAUGGUUCUUCUAAACGAAGCAGCAACUUCCAAGGGGGAUGUCGGGAAAAGACGAAUAAUUUGCCUCGUGGGAUUAGGUCUGGUGGUCUUCUUCUUCAGUUUUCUUCUGUCAAUAUUUCGUUCAAAGUACCACGGCUAUCCAUAUAGGUAA